CAUUCGAACAGGGCUUUAGCUCCGCGCGAUCUAAUCCUCCGCAUAUCCCCCGUGAAAGUCUCUCUGGCUUUUCGUCGUUCAUACCGAAAUCAUCGGUAAAAAUGAUGAUUUCCAGCAAUAUUUGUGAUGGAAAAGGGGCUUCUUCAUGUUGAUCUGGCAAUUGGAGCGCAGAAAUCUCUCUGGUUCUCUUUGAUUCUUUGCUCUGCUGCCGUUUUUGAGUUCUUGGUGGAGGAGGGCUUUCACAGUGAAACAUACAUCCUCAGAUCGAGAAACGUUUCUCUGCUGCAGUUCUUGGAGGUUAUAUUAUCAAAAUUUCCCCUGUUUUGAUUCAGAAGAGGCUCUCCAGUUCGAUCUUCAUCCUCAGUCAAACGCUACUUGAAUCAUCGAACGUUGCGAUUAUAGCAGAAGAGUUCUUAUUUUGUUAGCUAAUGUGUUUUGAACUCAAUGGAGAGGGAUCCGAUGUUAGGGCACCCAGCGAUGCAUAGCAUGCCAUUAGCAGCCCACACAGACGAUGGCCAACCAGUCUCUACGACGUUCGCCGGUUCAUCUGCUGCUCAUCCUCAGCCAUCGCCUUAUCAUCAAGGAGAUGGUGGUGGAAGACUCCCCGGGGUACUUGAUGGUGGCUUCACAGCUCAAGCAUCCAACAGCCAGAACAUUAUCCCGGGAGAACCAAGUAAGCGAAAGCGAGGCCGACCCAAGAAGAAUGGACCCGAUGGCAAUCUCUUGUCCCUUUCACAACCAACUUCUUCAAUGUCUUUUUCUGGAGUUAGCAAUGCAGCACCUUCUGGCUCAGCCGAUGCUCCAAAGAAACGGGCCCGUCCACUUGGCUCUGGCAAGAAGCAGCAAACGAAUGCUCAAGAAUCAUCAAGAAUGAAACUUCAUGCUCAUUUUAUUAUAGUACCAGCGGGAAAGGAUGUAGUUUCAGAAAUCGUGUCAUUUUUUCAGCAAGGAUCACACUCACUCUGUAUUCUUUCAGCAAGUGGUCUUGUAUCUGAAGUGAAGCUUUUCCAACCUUCGACAACUGGUGGUGGUAUUGUAGCUUACAAGAAUCUGUUCGAGAUCUUGUCACUGUCAGGCACAUUUCAGCUUCCUCUCCCGGAUAACACUGAGCAGCAGAGACAAGUGAAUGGAUUGACGAUCUCAUUGGCUGAUAAAAAUGGGCGUGUUUUUGGUGGUGGAUUAGCGGGGCAUUUACUAGCAGCAUCACGAGUUCAGGUAGUUGUGGGGAGAUUCAUACCUAUUGAGACAGAUGAAUAAAAACAAGCUAAUAAUGCUACCAAGGUUGUUCCCGGCCUAAACCUUGUCUCAAGUGCCAUAGCCAGCCCCAGCAACCUGCCUUCAAGGGAUGCCUUGAGUGAAUCAUCAGGUGACCUGAGGAGCCCGUCUAUGCAGAAUGCUGGCACAUUCAAUUACAUCAAUUCUCUAGGUCUUUAGCCAUGCCUUUGAAAUAGCGUGUCAAUACGCUUAGUUAUUAGUAUUUGAUACUUUGCUUGGAGUAAGAAGACGACCGGAGUAGACAUUGAUAAAGAUCCCUGAUGCUAAUGUGUUAGAUUAGUCUACUCAUUUUGAUUUCAUCUCUUUA